AUGGGUACUGUAGCCGCCACGGGUGCAGUAAUCGCGGCUCUGAUCACCAUCGUCCUUACAUUUAACAACCUGUCAAUGGUCAAGGAUUGGUUGACAUGA